UAAUCUAUGUGGUCAUCCAUUUCACGAGUUCAUAGAAUAAGGGACGUUGACACAAAAAAUAAGAGAGAAAGGGAACUCCAUCUGUUUUUUUAUAGCACUGUGAAGGCAAGGCAAGAGGCGAGUUGAGAAGGGAAGACGAGACGAGAAGAGCAGAGAUGGCCUCCUUUGCUUCCCAUACGCCUCAUGCUGUGUGCAUUCCAUAUCCUGCGCAGGGUCACAUAACUCCCAUGCUUAAGCUCGCCAAGCUCCUCCACUCCAAAGGCUUCCGCAUCACCUUCGUCAACACCGAGUACAACCACCGCCGACUCCUCAACGCGCGCGGCCCCUCCGCCCUCGACGGCCUCCCCGACUUCCGCUUCGAGACCAUCCCCGACGGCCUCCCGCCCUCCGACGACGACGCCACCCAAGACAUACCCGCUUUGUGCCGCUCCACCAUGACUACGUGCCUCCCGCCCUUCCUUGACCUUCUGUCGGAGCUGAACGACCCGAGUUCCGAACGACCCCCGGUGAGCUGCAUCGUCUCCGAUGGCGUCAUGAGCUUCACCUUGGACGCCGCGAGGCAGCUCGGCAUUCCGGAGGUGUUGUUUUGGACCACCAGCGCUUGUGGCUUCAUGGGAUACAUCCACUACCGGCAUCUCGUCGAAAGGGGCCUUACUCCACUCAAAGAUGUCGAUGAGCUUACGAACGGAUACCUCGACACGCCCGUCGACUGGGUGCCGGGGAUGAAGAACAUGCGCUUACGAGACUUCCCGAGCUUCAUACGCACGACGGACCCCAAUGACACGAUGCUCCACAUCCUCAUGGCCGAGACUGGAAGAGCUUCCAUGGCGUCCGCGAUCGUCCUGAACACGUUCGACGAGCUGGAGAGCUCCGUCCUAAACGCAAUGGCCGCGAUACUACCACCAAUGUACACCGUCGGACCUCUGCAGCUGCUCACCAGCCAGAUCCCGCCGAGCCCACUCGACGCCAUGGGCUCCAACCUGUGGAAGGAAGAGCCUGCCUGCCUAAGGUGGCUGCAAGGGAAGAAGCCCGGGAGUGUCGUCUACGUGAACUUCGGCAGCAUCACCGUCAUGACCAACCAACAGCUGAUCGAGUUCGCGUGGGGAUUAGCUAACAGCGGAUACGAGUUUCUGUGGAUCGUCCGGCCCGAUCUCGUCAAGGGCGAGUCUGCCGUCCUGCCGCAGGAGUUCACGGUGGAGACGAAGGAGAGGGGUCUGCUAGCGAGCUGGUGCCCGCAGGAGGAGGUGCUGGCGCAGCCGGCCGUCGGCGGGUUCCUGACGCACAGCGGAUGGAACUCGACGCUGGAGAGCAUUUGCAGCGGCGUGUCGAUGCUAAGCUGGCCAUUCUUCGCGGAGCAGCAGACGAACUGCCGGUACGUGUGCGUGGAGUGGGGCUCCGGAAUGGAGAUCGAUAGCGACGUGAAGAGGGAGGUGGUGGAGGGCUUGAUAAGGGAGCUGAUGGGGGGAGAGAAGGGUAAGGAGAUGAAGAGGAGGAUGACGGAGUGGAAGGAGGCGGCAGGUAGGGCGGCCCAACCUGGUGGCUCCUCCUCUGCGAAUCUAGAGAGGAUGGUCAAAGAGGUGCUUCUUCCACGGAAGGGGAGUUAGACAUGUUAUCCUCGCGUGAUUGGUUCUGAGACAGAAGGAGAAAUAAAUUGGCAAGUAUGGAAAAGCUCAAUUUGGCAGCUUUCAUUAGGUGUGGGAACGACGUCUAUUGUUUAGUGUUACUUGUCGCGCCUGGGAUUGCGUGCAUGCACAUGGAUGGAUAGCCUCUAAUUUGGCUGAUA